AUGGCUUCCAAACGAUCCCGCGACACGUCAGACGCCGACGCAGACCGGGCCCCCAAACGCAGCAAGAAGCCUCGCGAACACCAGAACGCCCACAUUGAUCCGACAUGGGGCCAGAAAUACGUCUUCUCGGCCACCGAGAGCGCGACGACCGUCCCCGUCGACCCUGAGCUCGACUUUGAAGACGACGGAGAUGCGAUGGCGUAUCUCAAGUCCGUAAGGACGCAAGCGAACGGAAUCCCGCACCUCCUCGUCGCACCCAAGAUCCCGAUCGGACCACAACUGCCCAAGGAACUCCAGAAUACCCAAGACGGAGAGGAAGAGCCUGAAGAGGGAGAAGACGUAGAGGAGGACCGCGAGAUUUACACCUCCGGCCAGGGCGAUUUCAGGGGAUACUACCACGACGGCGCAUAUACGGCCCGCCCAGCAAAUUGGGAGGAGGCGAACGACACAGGCACGCACGAAGUGGGCGAGUGGGAAGAAGAAAACGGCGGCGACGGCUACUUCGACCCCAACGAAGACGACCCCGCCGUCCUGCACGAGGCCUACUUCGCCUCCAUCCUCGCGCGCUUCCACUCCCUCCGCGGCACCCUCCACGCCACACCCCCCGCCUCCGCCGUCGCGGCCCUACCCAAGAGCCACGGCCACUUCGUCGGCGCCUUCGGCCCCAAGUCCUCCACCUUCUCCGUCUGGUCGCAGCGCCUGCGGACGUCGGACCCGAUGCCGGCGCAGGUGGCGUCGAUGGACAAGGACGGCGUGCUGCGGGUCAUUCGGGUGCUUCUGGGCGGCAAGUUCCUUAGGAGAGGGUACGAGCUGCGGGAGCGCACGAGUCGGUGGCUGUGGGCGUUGCUGGCGCGGCUGCCGGAGCGCGGGGAGCUGAACCAUGCGGAGAUUGGGUGGGUGCGGGACCUGGGGAGGCGGGCGGUGUUGAUGAUGCAGAGCCUGGCGGACAUGGCGCGGUUGAGGGACGCGUUGGAGGAGGAGGGGAUGGAUUUGGGGGUUCACGACGCCGUUGACGAGAGUUCGGACGACGAGGACGUGAUGCGGGAGAUGGAGGUUGAGGAGAGGGACGGGGAAGCGCCGGCUCCCGAUAGCGAGACUAAGGCUCCGCCUGAGGAGUCGCAAGGGGAGGAUGCUGAAUCCCACAAGCUUGUUGAGCAAGGCGAGGUUGAGGACGGAGAGGUCGACGACGAUCAAAAGUCGGAGCCGAUGGACGUUUCUGAGGACGGCGAGGUGGACGAAGGCGAAGUGGCGGAGAAGUCUGCACCUGCUGAGACGUUGGAGGAGGCUAGAGCUCGCCUUCUUGCUCAGCUCGAUACGACGGCGACAGACGAGCCUGCGGAGGCAGCAGAGAAGGCCGAGUCUGACGACGAAGACAUGUCGGAUCAGCUGCGUGCGCGGAUGAACAUGCGAGCCACGCUUAAUAUGAUCUUGACAGUCGCGGGUGAGUUCUACGGGCAGCGGGACCUGCUGGAGUUUCGGGACCCGUUCACAGGUAUGUAA